UUGGUUGUGCCUGGAACACUGGUGCACUUCCAAGCUCCGAACUAUCAUAUCACCCGUCACCUUCGGUUGUCACUUGUCCGCCAGUCUUGAAGCAAUAGCAACCUAUAUUCCAUCCCAGAUAAUCGUCUCUCGUGUCAAUCGUUCUCCCUGUAUCCUCUCAACGCCGCGUAGCUGUCCAGGUACGACCUCAAGACUGCACUGUCACGACGAUAGUAGGCUCGAAUUCAGAACACGAUCGUACAAACUGGAAUCAAGCCUGGAAGCGAACUCAGCGCGCAACUGCCAAAUCCGUCGAUAACAUUCCCAUACUCUUGUAUUCCAUUUUCCAUAUUCCCACAUUCCCACGUUCCGACGAUAAUUCACUUUCUCUACUAGUAGAAACGACGACGAGAGGGUGGGUAUUCAAGCCAUGGCUUUAGCGGAAGGCAUCGACCUGCUCGAUCAGGCUCUCGAGGAGCCCACAUGGACAGAUCUCGAUAGAGUCACGGCUCUUAUACGCAAGCAGCUCGACGUGAAGAACGGCUUAGCAGCUGGAGCAGGUGGAUCGAGCAGCAGCGUGGCGGACUAUUGGGCUGCAGAGACCGUUAAGCUCCUGGACGAUCUUAAGAGCGUCAGCGUGGAGGCUCUCGCCACGACGGAUCCUACCGACCGCAAUGCGUGGAAGAUGUGCGAGGAGGGUCCAGAGCACCGCGCGAUGCUGAGGAAGGGCCCGGAGGGCACGGCGAUCAACGCGCUGUGCAUGGAGGGGCGCAUCGACAGCCCCGUGCACGCCGCCGUCGCGAUGACGCGCGACGCGGGGUUCUUCAAGGAGUGGUGGCCGCAGGGCGACAUGCCGGUUUAUCGAAUCGUCGAAAAUCGGUACCUCGCGCGAGUGGGAGACGGCUUCGAUAUCACUUACAUGAAGUUCAAGGUGCCAUGGCCGUUCCCCUGGCAGGAAUUCGCGAUGAUCUUUUUCACCAUCUACGACUCGGAGACGGGCGUCGCCACCACCGUCGUCCGCACGCUACCAGAGGACAACAGUGAGAUAGACCCCUCGAUCCACGGCUUCUCUCGCGACAUGGCGCCUCCAGUCCCCUCGGGAAUGGUCCGCAUGGCCAUCAACGGCGGCUUCUCCAUAAAGGAUCUUGGCCGUUCGCGCUGCCACUUCCGCUCCAUCUUCACGUGCGACCUAAAGCUCCCUGCGAUGGUGGUCAAUUUCGUCACCAAGGAGUUCGGCGGCGUGCUGUUUAACUUAUUUAGGAAGGAGGUGGAGACGGAUUUGGGGGACGAAGAGGGGCAAAAGGGCGUGGCUUUUAGGAAAGUGUUGAAAGAGGAGAAGCUUUAUGGGCGGAUCGAAGCGGCUAUGGACGCGUAUAGGGCGAAGGGGGCUGCAAGGAAGGGCGAGGAGGAGGAGGAUAAGGAGGAGGAGAAGAACGUGCUUGUGGCCACGGCGUCGUUUGUAGAGGGGGCUAGUGAGGUGGCACUCAGGCCUGCAGUGACAGCAGCAGAUACAGAACGAGCAGCUGUGUCAGCAGCAGCAUCAGCUGCAGGUUCAGCAGCAGUGAGUAGUCGCAGAGAUGAGGAGGAGGAUGUGUUUGAAGACGCAGAGGAUCAGCUGCUCAUCACCCUGGAAGACUCGGACUCAGAGGCUACAGCCCACCCUCACACUCACCCCCACCCUCACACUCACCCUCACCCCCACCCUCACCACCACACUCACCCCCACCCGCCCCCGCCUGCCUUCGCGCCCUACUCGUCCAAGGACCCUGCCAUCACUGCAGCCUUUGCUGCAGCAGCAGCUCUUGCAGGCAGUGCCGGUGCAGGUGGUACUGGGGUAGGUGGUAUCCCCAUUGCUGGUUCUGCUAGCGCUGGUGCUGCAGAGGAUGCUCUGGAUGCACUGAACCCGGACGUGCUCCAGGCCAUGGCUGCGCUGGAGCAGGCGCUAGAGUCCCUGAGGGCGCGCACCUCUGCUGCUCUCUCUGCCGCACACGCAGCCGGAACCGGGCCGUACCCUGUCCAGUACAAUCACCCGUACCCUCCCCCUGCCUACGCUGGUGGUGGUGCAGCAGUGGCGGGGUAUGGUGCACGGCCCAUGAGAGGGUUUGGCGUCCCUCCUCCUCAGCAGCUCCCGCCGUAUUAUGCUGCUCCGUUCCCGCCGCUGCCUCAUUCGCAGCAGUUUGCUGGCCCUGUUCCUGUGGUGGGGCGGAUGGGAGGCUACGCAAGGGUUUCAAACGCGAAGGGGUACGGACCGAGAGGAGGAGGCGGGAGGUAUAAGGGGGAGGGAGGAGUGAUGGUUGCGCCAGGCAAGGGAGGAAUGGGAGGAGGAGGAGGAGGUGGGGGGAAGAUGAGCCGUAAGGGGAUGCAGCAGCCUCCGUUCCACCCCUCACAGCAGCAAAUGAUGGUUUCAAGAUCAGGCUCCGGAAAAGCAGAAGCAGCAGGAGCAGCAGCAGGAGCGGCAGGAGGAACGGCGGCAGGAGUGGGGAAGGUACCAGCAGAAGCUGCUGCUACAGCUGGUGCUACAACCUCCUCUCUCUGGUCGGCAGCUACAGCCCUGUUUGGGCUUGCCACGUGUUGCACUGCCACUGGCAUCAGAAACGCCGAGGCAGCGGGGUAUCUGCUGCCAGAAGAGCUGCCUUCUGAGAGAUGGCGGGAUGAUGACGAGGAUGACUAUAACGAGUAUGACUCUGACGAGGAUGAGGGGUAUUAUGAGGGUUAUGGAGGCGGUAUAAAUGGUGCUCCUGGUGGUGGUUAUGGAAAUGGUGGGUAUGGGAAUGGGGGGUAUGGGAACGGGGUUUAUGGCCCAGGUGCUUAUGGUGAUGGUGCUUAUGGGGGAAGUGGUGGGGGGAGGUUGGUGGAUGAGAGGCAAGUGUGGAGAGGACGGGCUAUGGCUGCUAGCAAUAUGACAAGAUGAUGCAGUUUUUUUGCAGUUGUCGUUUCAUUUUGUGACGUUUUCCUCAAAACACAACUGGUGUAACGGGUGGCUAUUAUUGAAUGACAAGACCUUGUUGCUUGUAUACUAAAGAGUCGAGUAGAAUUGAUACAAGUGUACGAAAAGUGUACCUACCAACCGAUCUUCCAAUGGCGUAGUGUCGGCGAUUCGUUCGGGUCAGACCAGAAGAACCAACAUUACUUUCUCCUAGCGGAUCAUUCUACAGGACAGUAGUAGGAGGAAGGUCAUUCCUUCGUGAAUCGUGAGUUAUGGAGCCAACGGUAGGGUAGUAGAAAAGCAGGCCUCUCUCUCCCAUCGAUAUGUCGGACGCAGUAGUGUUCACAACCUGAAAGAAUCUCUUUCUAGGCUCGAUUGACAAUCGAUAUCUCGUACGCCCCAUUUCUCAGUAGUGCAUCGUGGUAACAUAAGCGGCAGGGUGCUCGCGAGGUUCGUUGCUUCCACCUGGUCGAUCGAUUCGCGAAGUUUAGCGACUCAACGAAAGAUAGGGAAGGCAGCAGUCGCGGAAGAGAUUGCUGAUCGAGAGAUUUCGUUUGUCCAGCCACGUGUUGCGCUCUGAUUCGCCAGCUGGAAGGCCGUGUUUGUCACUCUGCCCUAGGAAACGGUAGGGUUCAUCGACCAUUCGCUGUUGAUUAUAUGGGCACGCACUCAUUAGAAGCACAAGCAUCUGACACCAACUAGAUCCUCGUAUAGUCACAUCCGGAGAUAUCCGAUCUCAUUCUUUUCCAUCCUCCCCCUCGCCGGUAGACAUGGAUG